GUUUUACAGGUUUGCACAUGAUUUUCGUCGGACGAACGAUGAUGGCGGCAUGGCCACGGCGCGGUAUGUUGCCAACGCUCAUGCGGACGCGAGAAGCCAAGCUAGGCUGCAUGUCCAUGACGUCUUCAGUGACGGAUACACAAGAACAACAUGUCACGCUACCCUUUGAUUCGAAUCGGUUUGUGACCCAACUCCAAUACCAAGGAUUUUCGGUCGAACAGUCGGAAGCAGUGUUGGAUGCAUUGAGGAGCACGAUGAAGGAAGCACUGGUAUCCCAGGAUGCGCUGCUGGCCACCAAAUCGGAGCACGUGCAGCUCAAGUCCGAGCUCACCGACCGCGUCUUCAAUUCGACGUUGAAAUUCGGUAUCAUCACAGAUAUUUUCCUAGAGCGUAUAAUGCUCAUGCCAGGCGUAGAUAUUGCGCAGCGGCACAUGCGCGACCUGCUCGAGCGAGACUUCAACAACUUGAAGCAAGACAUCCGCAUGAUUGAAAAGAACGACUUUGACAAAGUUCGCAACGAGAUUGUGGACAUGGAGAAGCGCUUCCUCAUGCAGAAACAAAUCACGGACCGCAUGGUGCACAAGUUGCACCUGGCGAAUGAAACCAUGGAGACCAUGAUCAUGAAAUUCUCCGUGGCCGGCGGCGCAACCCUCGUCGUCUUGAUUGCCCUCGUUGGGACGUACUUGGAGAAAUCUUGAAUGAUAACAUAAGUUAACACGAUUAUCCGGACAAACGUCCGGAUAUCUUAGGAGUGA